ACAUAUAUAAUCCUUCAAAAAAAAAAAACAUAUAUAAGUGUGUCUUUGCGCUUAGCGGAAGGGAUUGUAAUAGUAAUUAUGCAAGCAUAAGUUGUUGGUGCGCAGUGUGUUGUAAAUUCUGAAAUAUCGAUAUUUUCUCGCGAUAAAAAAGAUGGAGUGGCAAAAAUAUUAUAUGGAUAUACUUCUUGUACCAUGCGGGUUUAUCAUCAUUCUUUUAUAUCAUUUAUGGUUAUGGCAUAUGACUCGAACUCAGCCAUUCACCACAACUUUUGGAAGAGAUGCAGAUGGUCGAAGAUUUUGGGUUCCUGCCAUGAUGAAGGAUAUUGACAACAAGAAUACAAUAGCAAUCCAAGCACUUAGAAAUGUAAUAAUGGGAACAACCCUAAUGUCAACAACAUCGAUUCUCCUAUGUGCUGGUCUAGGAGCAAUUAUAAGUAGCACUUAUAGUGUUAAAAAGCCAAUCAAAGAAUCAGUUUUUGGAGCACAUGGUGAUUUUGUUGUAGUACUAAAAUUUGCCAUAGUACUUACAAUGCUAUCAUUCUCAUUUGUAUGCAACACUCUAUCAUCAACAUUUCUCAAUAGAGUAAAUUUGCUAAUUUGCAUCCCACAAAAUGUUAAGUCUAUGGUGACUCCAGAUUAUUUGACACAAUAUCUUGGAAAAGCUAUGUUAUUGAACAUAGUUGGAAAUAGGCUUUUCUAUACAGCAAUUACACUUCAACUUUGGAUCUUUGGACCUUUGUUACCUUUCCUCUCUUCAAUGUUAAUGGUUUGUAUACUUUACAAUCUUGAUUUUGCGGGCGGGGAUCGUGCUAGAAAUGCGGAUAUGGAUUUUAUUCGGACCGAUCCUUGAGAGAUGCUAUUAAAAAAAUUUGGAGAAGAAAAAUAUGAAAUUUGUAAGUGUAUCUGUUUUUCUUUUGAUUAAAAUUAGUUCUAUUUCAUUUGUAAGUGAUAUUGAACCAAUUUGUGUACUUAAAUGAAAAUAUGUUUGUAUUUAUCAUACAUUAAUUUAA